AUGUCGCUGAAUCACACCUCCCUUGAUGCGGCGGCAUCAGAACGCAAAGCUCGUCUUGCGAAGCUUGCAGCUCUAAAGAGGAAGCAACCAGAACCGGAGACACUCACAGAGGCGCGUGCUGGAGACCAUGAGCUUGAGGAUGCCGCUCCCGAUGUCACAAGAAAAUACCUGUCCGGACGCAAUUUCGAUGCAGAAACUCGAGGGCCUAAACUGGGGUUUGAUCAAGCGCCAACAGAAGGAGCGAAGACUCUUGAAGCGCAAGCUGCUGAGAUAGCAAAGGCUACGGCGGAGCAGGCGAAGAAGGAUGCGGAGAAGGACCAACCAAUCGACCUAUUCAAGUUGCAGCCAAAGAAACCUAAUUGGGACCUAAAGCGUGACCUUGAUGAAAAAAUGAAAACUCUUAAUGUGAGGACGGAAAAUGCAAUUGCGAGAUUGGUUCGACAGCGCAUGGAGAAUGCGCAACGAGCAGCGAAGGCGCAGGGAACGACCCGCAACGAAGAUGAACAGGGAGAGGAGGUAGGCAUUGAAGGAGACAUGCUGGUGGAAGGAAUUCACGUCCGCGAGAGGGAAGAGGAAGAAGAAAGACGAGAAAUCGACGAGGAUUCAUGA